ACAGCCUUGACUUCCUGCUCAAUUUAAACACACACUCCCUCACACACACAUAAAGCCUCCUCUCAACAAACGGCUUCCACAAGCUCUACAGAACAAGCCAGCUUGCAGGGCACAGAGGAAGCAAUGAGCGGCGGGGUGUGGUUUCCUACGCUGGGGCUGGUGGCCUGGCUGUGCUGCCUCAGUCUGGGGCCCGUUCAGGGGGGGAAGGUGCUCGUUCAUCCUGUGGAUGGGAGCCACUGGCUCAGCAUGAAGAUACUGGUGAAGGAGCUCGCCCGACGGGGCCACGAGGUCCUGGUGCUGGUGCCUGAAAGCAGCCUGCUGAUGAAGGGCUCAGAGAGCUACAAGACGGAGUUCUACAAGGUGCCCUACACCAAAGCUGAGCUGGAUUCUACUUUCGAGGACCUGAGGGAGUCAGUGUUCCUCAGGCCACCGGAAAUCACAGACCUGUUCGUCAAUGUGCAACGUUUGGUUACAUUUACUUCAAUGCAGGUGACAGGUUGCGAGAGUCUGCUGAACAACAAGGCUACAAUAAGUCGACUGAAGAAAGAGGGCUUCGAUCUUGUGCUCACAGACCCCUUCCUGCCCUGCGGCUCCAUCCUGGCUCAUUUAUUUUCCAUCCCAGUGGUUUAUUUCCUCCAUGGACUUCCAUGUGAGCUGGAUGCAAAGGCUAACCAGUGCCCUUUGCCUGUUUCCUAUGUUCCUGUGUCCUUCUCUGGUAAUUCACCCGCCAUGACCUUCCCACAGAGAGUUAAAAACAUGGCCAUGUCUUUCCUGGAGGUCUACCUAUGCAAAGUGAUGUAUUCCAGUUUUGAUGACCUGACCAGGAGUCAGUUCGGAGACGACAUGACUUACAAGAGACUUCUUGGUGAGGCUGCUUUCUGGCUUCACAGACAUGACUUUGUUUUUGACUGGCCCAAGCCUGUCAUGCCAAACACGGCUCUAAUCGGAGGGAUCAACUGUGCAAAGAAGGCUCCUCUGCCAGCGGACCUGGAAGAGUUUGUGGAGGGCUCAGGAGACGACGGCUUUAUUGUCUUCACCCUGGGCUCGAUGGUGGCCAGCAUGCCCGAGGAGAUCGCUAAACAGUUCUUUGAUGGCUUUGGGCAAAUGCCUCAAAGGGUUCUGUGGAGAUACACUGGAGUCCCACCUAAAAAUGCCCCCAAGAAUGUCAAAGUUAUGAAAUGGCUACCUCAGAAUGACCUCCUAGCCCAUCCCAAGGCCAAAGCCUUCAUCACUCACGGGGGGACCCACGGCAUCUACGAGGGAAUCUGCAACGCCGUGCCCAUGUUGAUGUUCCCGCUGUUCGGGGACCAGGGCGACAACGUGCACCGCCUGGUGACCCGCGGCAUCGCAGAGAGACUCAGUAUUCACGAUGUGACGAGUGAAAAACUGGUGGCUGCGCUGAAGAAAAUCAUCAAUGACAAAAGUUACAAAGAGAAGAUAGUGGAGCUGUCUCAGAUACACCUGGACCGUCCCGUUGAGCCUUUGGAUCUGGCUGUUUUCUGGACCGAGUUCGUCAUAAGACACAAGGGAGCCUCGCAUCUCAGGGUGGCGGCGCACGACUUAAACUGGAUCCAGUACUAUUGCCUGGACGUCAUCGGCUUUUUGGUCGUCAUUCUCCUGACCGUUGUGUGGCUGACACUCAAGUGCUGCUUGUUCUGCAUCCGCAAGUGUUUGAGAAAAGGGACUGCAAAGAGGAAGAAGAAGGAGUAGUUUUUUUCUAAUGCAACACUAAUUAGGUUUAUAAAUUCUAUAAUGAAAUGAAACACUGCAAUCGUGCGUGUGUAUAUGUGUGUGUGUGUGUGUGUGUGUGUGUGUGUGUGUGUGCGCGCGUGUGUACAAUACAUGUGUGUUUGUGAAAUCUCCACCAAAGUGCCAUUAUUACAAUGUCUUUAACAAAUGUGAAACAUGAUGACAGAUCAAAACAUCCUCUGGGGAACAAACGUCUAAGCAAAUAAAAAUUGUCAUCUUGGAUUGUAC